AGAGUGAGACAGACAGAGAGAGAAACGGAGAGAAGCAGCGCAGGAUGCUUUACUCCUUGUCAGAUGAGGUUAUGUUAGAGUGUCCGUCUUGUUUGUGCCGAAACAAAAUAUUAGAUUAGAUUAAAGCGAACGACUACAGUUUAGUUCUUUUGCGUUCUCAGAAAGCAUUUGCAGGAGCCACAGACUGGGAAAAAAAAAAAGAAACGAGUGAAGAGUCUGUACAGAGCGGGACUCGGAACACUUGACAGGCAUUCAGCCUCUCCACGGAGAUUGAGACAGACGAUCGCAGCUUUUCUCAUAUGGGAUGAGAAUUAAACAGGACAGACAUUGUUGUGGAGGAAAACCCACACUUCACAGCAUCUCAGAACGGUCUUAGAACACCAGUGGAUGAAACAAAGCCUCAUUCUUAAGCAUCCACAAUUGCAGUCUUUGUUGUCUGAAUGAGAGGACACAUUCUUCCAGAGGGAUGACCUCUCUUCUCCCUACUGGCCCUGGCACUGCUGACACCAGCCCAGCAGCCUCUCUCUCCAUCUCUUAUUGUCUUUUCUUUCACGAAGGCCACCAGAAAGAUAUUUGACUGAUAAACAGGGUGUCAAGGCAAGGAAGGAAAAAUGGAAAAAUAUCCUGUUACUCCUGUUACUCACUGACAGCUGAGGGGUUAUGAUGACAGAGGGAUAAACACAGGUAAGACAUGCCGAAAAGAAGGGACAUCCUGGCACUCUUUUUGAUUCUGUUACCGUGGACUUUAUUGAUCACAUUUUGGCACCAGCGCGCUGGCAGCUCCUUGAUUCCAGUUCCUAAAGAGAACAGAACUAGAGCCAGUAAAGCUCACCAAAGAGGCUUUGGACUUCACGAGUCCUGUGUCACAGAGAAGAAGCGCAACCAGAUGAAGUCCAUCUACCAUCGACCUCCACCCUGGUCUGACACACUGCCAACUCUUUACAUAAUAACACCAACCUACAGCAGACCCGUCCAGAAGGCCGAGUUGACCCGCCUCACUAACACCUUCCUACACGUCCCCAACCUUCACUGGCUGUUGGUGGAGGACUCUACGCAGAAGACGGCGCUGGUGUCCAAACUGCUGGAGAACACGGGAAUGAAUUACACCCACUUGAACGUAGAGACGCCUGAGAAUCUCAAAACGCAAAAAAAGCCCAGAAACGUACGAAUCCCUCGAGGCACCAUGCAGAGGAACCUGGCUCUCCGCUGGCUCAGGGAGAACAUCAACCCAAACUCCAGUCAUAAAGGAGUCGUGUAUUUUGCAGAUGAUGACAAUACUUACAGCCUGGAGCUGUUCGAGGAGAUGCGUUGGACUCGUAAAGCGUCUGUUUGGCCGGUCGCCUUCGUCGGAGGUCUCCGGUACGAAUCGCCCAAAAUCAACUCUCAAGGCAAAGUAUUCGGCUGGAGGACGGUGUUUGACCCUCGUCGACCUUUCGCCAUUGACAUGGCCGGGUUUGCUGUGAACCUUCAGCUCAUCCUCAGCAAACCUGAAGCCUACUUUAAGUUAAAAGGGGUAAAAGGUGGAUACCAGGAAAGCAGUCUGCUACAGGAUCUGGUCACCCUCAGUGAUCUGGAACCCAAAGCCGCUAACUGUACAAAGAUACUGGUUUGGCACACCCGGACAGAAAGACCCUUGCUUGUGAACGAAGGAAAAAAGGGAUUCACGAGUGGCAGCAUGGAAGUAUGAUGAACUGCUUUUAUGCUAUUUUUGAAGUCGAGCAAAGCCUAAGUAUCUGGAACAGUAACAUAUUGAUUACUGCAUUGAAUGUAGACAAUCAGAGACACAGUGAUCUGACUUAAAGCUGGAAUACACUACUUGACUAUUGCCCAGAUUUUUACCUUGAUUUGCAUUCUGGAGGAGUUGAUGCAAGUCACAAUCUAGAUACUCUAGAUACUAGAUAAAAAAAAAUAUGAAUUUAUCUCUAAGAUUUAUGGAAAAAAACAUCAGCUGAAGUUGCUAGAACCUUAUUGCAAAAAAUAUAGUAAAGGUUUUACAAAUUGAACUAAUUUAGAUAAAUAUUGCCAUUGUUUUAUAACGACAGUCUUGCAGUGUAUUUCAGACUUAAAGACACUCUCAUUGAAGAACAAUUCUUAGUUAGAAAAGGAUUUAAAUGAAAAUCCCACAGCGAUUAAUUCCAGAAAAUGCUCUGGAAAAUGUUGAUUCUAAAAGAAGUUUACAAAUUUUACAAAUCAAAGUUGAGUUUUAGAUACAGUUUGGAUGGAAAUAGUGUUUGGUGAAAGCCUGAUUGCUGUCACACGAUCACUAGUCUAACCAUAGGUAUGGCUCAGGUUGGAUUUUUUUAUUGUCUGCAACUGUUUUAUUGUCCGCAAGAUGAAAUUUAGGCCAAAGUCUAAACAUGUACAACGUGAGGUAUCAUGUAUGUCUGUAGCGCAAACAGUGCUACAAAUUCAAUUUUACAGUUUACGUAAUUUGUACAGUUUUUCUCAGUGACAUGACGGCUGCCUGUGGAAAUUACUGAAAGAAAAAUCGGUAACAUCCUGUUGCUUACAUGGCCAAUGCAACAUUUACUUUUUCACAUAAAAAUAAGCAAAAUAUUGCACUAAUAUAAUCAAUUUCAGCCAGUAAACGGCACGAGACAAUCUUGCUCAAAUAAUUGCUGUCAUUCAAUCACACACACAUCCUCAACUGUGUUAUAAUAUGCAGUUCCUCUCAAACAUUUUCCAUCUGAACACAAGUUUAAUUCAAAAUUGCACAGUCCCCAAAGAAACUGAACGUUUUCGUGAAAAAACUGAAUGUUUAAAUAUUUCAGAAAUAUCAUGGAAUGCAAAGCCAUGCUCUUAAUACAAAUAUGCUAUUAAUGUUUUAACAAGCCAACAGUGACAUACAACUUUUCAUUGUAUGUUUCAUUUCUGUUCAGGUACAUGGAUGGUACAGUCCUGUCUUUAGCAUUUUUUUAAUUUUAUUUAUUAAAUGUCAACUGUCAUUCCCAGAUCAGGAGACUCUUCAAACUGGAUUUUAAAAUCCGCUUCUGCUUCUUCAAACAAAAUCACCUGUUGGAUCAAAGAAAAACCGAUUUGAACAGAUUUAAUUUGUUAAUGGUCAGAAUGUUCUUUGAUUUGUUGCCAUGGAAACAAAUUCCACCACCAAAAAUCCUAAUAUUUCGUUCAAGAUUCUA